GUCUUCGUUUGGUUGGUAGGAACAGGCACGCUGUAAACAACCACUCCGUGAAGUAGCCCACUCAAACUACAUCAAGGCGAAGCCAGCAUUUUUUAAAUCGCUGUCUAUCCAGUGUAGUCUAUACUCGUGCGGCUGAGACAGCCCAGGUACAGACAUAACAUAUCAAACAGACACUGAAGCCGAAUGUGGAUUGCUGCUGUACUUUCAGUAUAGAUGACACACAGCGGAUAUAUAAGAUGAACCACCAUGUGACCUUGAUCGUCCUGUGACAUCACAUCGACACUGAGACGGCGGGUGGGUGGAAGGACACACACGGUGGGACGCAGAGCAGAGCACAGAGAUGAGAGCACAAGAGAGGCUACAUACUUAAACAGCGCAGCUUUGCUGUGAGGAGGAUUCAAGCCCCUUGUAGAGGAUCUUGAUACCAUUUGGAUUUCUGCUAAUACAGUCAAAUAAUAAGAGACGUUCUUCUUUGUCAUCUUGGUUUGUGUUGCAGUAAUCAAAAACACCAGCAUUUUACAUCAAAGGGUCCCAAGCAUCUUUUCAUUUGUUUACGCAAGAGGAUAAGAGUUGAGCACGUUCUCGCCUUCUUCUGAAACUAGCCUUGUGAAGCCAGCCUAUUCUGUUUAUAGUAAGUGAAACGAAACGUGAGCGCAACGGUCAGUCUGCUCGGCUAUCAAGGACCCAUAAUAACAAUCCAUAACAAAAUGGAGACUCUGUCUCUCUCGCAGGACUCCAUCUUGGAGUGUCAGAUCUGUUUUAACUACUACAGCCCGCGGCGGAGGCCCAAGCUGCUGGACUGCAGACACACGUGCUGCUCCGUGUGCCUGACCCAGAUGAGGUCCAGCCAGAAAGAGAUCCGAUGCCCCUGGUGCCGCGGCGUCACCAAACUCCCCGCCGGCUUUUCCGUAUCCCAGCUCCCCGACGACCCCGACAUCAUCACCGUUAUUGCCAUUCCGCACGCCUCCGAGCACACGCCGGUCUUUAUCCGCCUACCUAGCAACGGCUGCUACAUGCUGCCCCUGCCUGUCGCCAAGGACAGGCCACUGUUACCCGGUGAACUGGGCUGCCGGUUCUUGCCAGGUGGCAGUGGGCAGCAGAAGGUGGAUGUGGCGGUGGUGGCUAUGCCUGAGUUGCAGCCCCUGGGUCUGGGGAUGAGUCUCGAAGGCCUGGAGGAGACAGAGAGAAGGGGAGUCGGGGGAGGUGGUGGUGGAGGGGGGAAGGGCUCCACGUGGUCCGGGGUGUGUACAGUAAUCCUGGUAGCCUGCGUCCUGCUCUUUCUCCUGGGAAUCGUGCUCCACAACAUGUCCUGUAUCUCUAAACGCUUUACUGUCAUCUCCUGCGGCUGAAGGGACGGGCCAGAAGGCAUGUCAAUUAACAUGCCUCUCCCACCCCCUACUGUGGCUCCACCCCUCCUCAGCCAGGACUAUGACGAGAAUAAGGGAUUUUACACAUAUCAGGGGUGGCCAAGGAAACUGCCGACAGACACACAGGGAGUGAGACAACCAGGACAACCACGAACAAACUAGGGAAAGAAUCUUGCCUCCAAUUGUUGACUUGGAGUUAUUCUGGAUACAAAUACUCUAUCCCUCUGAUUUGGGGUACCCUAUGGACCUGAGGACAAUGGUAAUUCACCAUGGCCGAUCUGUCCUGGUCUGUUUCUUUCUGUGGUCAAUAGAGUUACUUCAGUCAGUGAUCAUGUUGUUUAGCUAAGUGUCAGUACUGAGUACAUAUCUCCAGCUGGAGCUGCAAUAUACAGUGUUAGGACCUUUUGGCAGACCUGGGAUCAAAUACUUUAACAAUCUUUUCAAAACCUUUAAGGGAUUGCUUGAGUCUGUCUGGAGUGACAGGUGGGCAGGGUUUGGCGUUUUUGGGACUUUUCUAUUGGUUUAUUAAGCCAGGAAAUUUUAAACGGGCACAGAUGUAUUUUAAAUUGAUUUUUCAAGUAAUUGAAACCCAGAUCUGCUUCUAGGCUGCUUUUGUCUUUGCUGCGAUUUAGCAGUGUAUACAUUAACUAUGUACAGUCCACCAAGCCACCUUUGGCCAAGUGUUGCUCAUAAAGGGACUGCAUAAAGGGACUGAACAAUCAAUACUGGUGGUGGUGGUUCACUGUCCCAAAUGGCACCCUAUUCCUCAUAUAGUUCUCUAUUUUGACCAGGGCCUAUAGGGCUCUGGUCAAACAUAGUGCACUUGAAAAACAAGUAUUUCGCUGCAUCUUAGAUAACAUCUGCAAAUCUGUGUUUUUUUUAUUUGAUAUUGGGAAUAGGGUGCCAUUUGGGAAGCAAGCCUGUGUUUCUUAUUUUCUCAGAAUCACUCUAACGUUCUGAAAACAGUGUUUACUUACUGUUGCUCCAAUAUGUAAUGCAGUACUGUAUGUAUGUAUGUGUUUGUAUUUUGAUCAAUAAUGUGUUAAACACAAAAACAGGGAAAUAUGUGAUUGUGUGUUGUGCUAUAUACAUAUAAACCAGCCUAUAUUUGACAGAAAGCACACACUACAUGUAUUCAGUAGCCAGCCAGCCUAAAGUAAUAAUGAUUAAGUUACUGUUGAGUAUUACAAUUAAUUGCCUAACCCCGAUACCCUUCACUGAGAACAGAUGGUCAUUGCUUUUAAUAUUGAACUCUCUCUCUAAGUCCCAAAUGGCACCCUCUUCCCUAUAUAGUGCACUACUUUUGACCAGUCAAAGGUAGUGCACUAUAUAGGGAACGGGGUGCCAUUUAGGAUGCAUCCUAUGACUUUGACCUGGUUAUCACAGGUGCCCAUACACUCUCUCUCUACUAUCAAUCUCCCUUUAGGUUAAUACUAUAUUUGAUGUUUGUAUGGGGGGUGUUGGUUCACAGUGAGGUGGAGUGUGGUUAUUGGGAGGGGU